UCUGGUAUGGUGUUGACUUCUGCUGCAUGUGUCUACAACGAUCCGGGCGCUUUGAACGAAUAACCACCUGACCGAGCGUGCUUUAAUAGAGUGAUGUCGACAUUUAAAUCACGUUUACCUCUUUCUAAGUUCAUUGUCAGUUAAACAAUGAAAAAGAUGGUACCUGGAAGUUCGGAAGUGGUCUGUGCUGCCACUUGUGCAUAGCUGUAGUAUACAGGACACUGUGAUCAUGGAUUUUAUUCUCCUUUCUGUAUAUAUCCUGACCAACCUCUGCUUCUCCCUUGGAGGGAUGACACCCAAGACUAUCAUCAUCGCAUCAGAAACAAGUCGAUGGAUUCACCAGUCCGGAACACCUCCUUUGACGGAUUAUCAUACAUCCAAACAAAUGUCAUCACACAACAGAGCAUCACCGUACAUGACUAUGACAUCAGUUCCGGUUCAGACGUCUAUCACCUCAUCCAAAACUUCCUCAAUAUCUACCACGACUUCUACCUCGGUAAACCAACCAAUUGUGCCAUCCCGAUCUACAACAUAUCACCAAGCAAGCGCAAGAAAGGUGAUCUCUCCGAGGUAUUCGGUUAAUCAUACAGAUUCAAGUACAAAACAUCCCGUGUUUAGUGAUUCAGCAUUAGAUUCGUCCACACACACAGAGUCUGUAAUGCACUUGACUGGCAAUGCACAAAGUGAGCUCCUACUCCAGAGUUCCAUGGUCGAAGAAGAAUAUGAUAGUGAUACACUUGGCACAAGUAGAGGUACCAGUACCAGAACUGUAAAUACAGAAACAGUGGACAAUCUUUUCAUCGAGAAGUCUUUGGGAACUGUAACAGACAGUUUGAAAUUAAACAACCAUCAGACACAAAAGUCUACAUCUUCUAUAUCAACGUUUGACAUUUUGAGAGACUCUAACUUCACUGCUUCUCAGAUAGCUGAUUGGUUUGAGUCUGUUGUUUCUAUGUCUACGUCCAAAUCAAACACCACAUCAGCAUCCGGUAAUUCUUCCCAGACUGACGUUAUUGAAGCCCAAAGUGAUUCUGAAAACCAUCACACUUCUAUAUACUCUGAAGAUGGUGAUCAAAUAUCUGAAACUCUUUUGACAUUAUCCACUACCCCAACCAGCAUUCGCAGUACGUUAGAAAGUUCUGUCAAUAGCAGAUACUCAUCCAGCGAUUUUAGGUCCACAGAUGCUGAGAACAUAGUCAAGAAAACAGAUUCUAUCAAAUAUUCAUCAGCAUCAGAUUUCUUAGUAACCUAUUCUCUUAUUAACGUAUUCAAGGCGCAAAAAGAAGAAGAAACACAAACGACCAAGGGAACCUAUUUCGCAAAUGAUACGUCUCUGUUAGGUAUUACGUCACUUUCCGAAACUUCGCGGGACGAUAGUGUAUCUGAAACGAGUGAUUUGCAGAAAGAUGAGGAGACAUCUCUAAGUCGGGAUCUUCAGUCUUCUUUACAGACCACUAUAUCGACUUCAGCAUCACCAUCUACACAAAAUACAGACUUUUUGAAGACUCCAUCUCUUCAAUCACACUUUAUGAGUGAACCAAGCAGCCGCCAAUUCAGUACAAAAUUAUAUGACAAUCCUGUAGAGAUUCGAGGACAUAAAACAUCAGAGUUAACUGAUACUGAUAAUAGCCUUUCAGUAAUGGAGUCCAAAAAUGCUGGGUCAGCGUUUUCAUCUCCAUCAGGGAGGCCCACUCUUCCAAUUACAUCCUCAAGAGCUUGGGGUACUGAUGUAACAAGAACCAAGAUUUCAGAAAUUAUAUCUGUGUCAGAAACAGGAGAUGCUGACAUUCCCAAAACUGCUGCAGACCUUCAUUCUUCUAUUCUGCCCGAUACAGAAGAGGCCUUUGUACCUGCACGUUCUGAAGAUGUCAUUGUAACUUAUUCAAGGAAGCAAGCCUUUAGUCAAACCAGCAAAACGUCAUCCUAUUCCAGCAGUAAAAGCUUCGGUGACAUCAAGCCAUCUGCCAGUAGGAAAGCAUUUAACAGUACUCUGCUUAUCAGUGACAAACACAGUUCAGCGAGUGAUAUGACAAGACUUUUAAGUAAUCAGCCAAUUGGUGAAAAUAGUUUGCGAAAUCAUACGGUAAUAUAUUCCAGUGAUCAGUCCCUUAAAGUCUCUGCAACGGAUUUAGUGAUCGACCCCAAUGAUCUGCCUGUCAGUGAUAUCAGAGUGACUGCAAGUGAUGUGGAAUCAUUUUCGAGCUUGGAGUCCAUCGAUGGCAAUACAGUGUCAACAGUUGAUAUGAGUACAUCUUCCAGUACAUCUUCCAGUUAUCUGCCUUUUGAUGUCAGCACAGUGUCUGCGAGGACUCUGAAAAGUUAUUCCAGUGAUCUGCCAGUCAGUGGCAUUACAGUGUCGUCAUUGUCAACACAGCGACAUGCAUCCACGUCCAUGGAUAUGCACUCGUCUGAAUUACAUUCAAAGUCAAAUGCUGAACCAUACUUGCAAUUUCCAUCUAUUUCAAUAAAUAUCAAGACAAAACAUUCCAGGCAGAAAGGUACCAGCGAGAACAUUCCCAAAGAUUCACCAACAGCUUUGUCAACAGCACAAGAACACAGCACAAUCUUUGUUAGGAAAGAGAAUACACCUGACAUAGCAGUCGCUUCCAUGCGUACCAGCAUGUCUACAUUUGAUUCCAUCUCAAGUGAUAACAAACUGUUUCCAAACUCACACAGUGAUGCUGGAUAUAUCGAAUCAAAUUCAAGCGAAACAAAUCCCAGUGAUUACAGUAUGGUUGACACAGUAGCAGAUACACUGUAUUCUAGUCAAGCCGCUCUAGAUUCUGAGAUCAAAGUGUCAUAUGCUGCAACAAUUAGCCACACGACCAUCAGAGAAAAUGGGUCUAUCCUCGGUGGUGAAAGUUCAUCUUUUCCUAUCUCAUCAUCAUAUGAAGAUAAUCACUCACAAAAGAUACAGAAUACCAAAUUUGGCCGUGAGAUUCCUGAUGUUAAGAUGUAUUCAUCAAUGGUAGAUUCAUCACACAACCAACAACCCCAAUUAGCCAUGACUGUGUCUCAAACUAGUACAUGGCCAGAAUCUUUUGAAAUUUCAAUUCCUAAACAUUCAAAUACACGGAAUGGGGAUGGUGACUCGACUGUACACGAAGUAUACAGAUUGACAUCUGAUGUUUUGUAUGACCAUCAUCCGUCUUCCACCUAUCGGCAUAAAGAUCAAUUAGAAUCAAGCAAAUUCCAGUGGGAGGGAAGGGAAGGCGAAUCCACUGAAUCCUCAUUACCUUACGUUGGAGAGAAGUCUCAUAGUGUGUCCACAUCCUCGACAGCUCUUAACUGGGUCUCAUCCAAAACAGCUUCAUAUACACACACUCACUCGUACCUCCCAAUGUCAACAGAUACGAUUGUUAGUAGUUCAACCAUGGACCAAAUUAUGGAGCAAUCGCUGAUUCUUAGAGUAAAUCAAGUUGCAGAUAAGAUGAUAGCUCCCCAAGAUGAUAGUGCUUCACUAGGUAGCUCUACAUAUGACGGCCAAAACAUUGGAUCCAAGACGAGUGACCAAAUCCAUUCAUCAUCAGUGUUGCUGUUUGAUCACACAAAGUACAGUACAACACAACUUGCCAGAAGUACCACUCCUGUUCUCCACACAAGCAAAAUUCUGGAGCAAAAUGCCCCUUCAUCACAUAUCAUACAAUCAGUUUCAGUCGUUUCCUGGGUGGAACAUCGAAAUUCACUGAUUGGCUCUGAUGCCGUUGACAAGCUGGAAUCAUUAGGGAUUAAUGUUGAAAGCAGUGAUGUACAUAGUUCCAGAGCUGGAAAGGCAGGAGAGACCCUCCAGGCAACACUUUCGUCUACAGACACAUCGCAUGAUCCCACAUUAAAGUCCACACAGAGCAACAGGCAGACUUUACUAUUGUCAGAAAUGCGAAGUAACCAAUUAACCUCAACAUAUGUAAAGUCACUUCUCCAAACACCAUCUGUAGUUAUGACAUCAUCAUCUAAUCUACAUGCAACUGAUCACACCCAAGGUCCCGAAACAGAAGCACAAGAGAGUGACUUUAUUCUCAAGUGGGUGUUCGAUCCCAAGGGAGAAGAUGUAACCUCUGCAGAAUUCCUGGCUAAGGUAGUAAAAGGUCUUGAGCUAUCUUACGAAAUUGGCUUAAAGAGUCAAGUGAAUGUAAGAUUGCGGAGAGACACCGCCAGCACAAAUAACGUCAAUGUACAGAUAAAGAGUACCAAACCUCGGCCAGACGGUAGUAUAGAAAUGGAGUUUACAGUUACCAGAAAUGGACGAAAGAUCCUUGCUAGGGAUGCAGAAGCAGCGUUCAACAAAAUAUCAUUAGAAGAACUCAAUCGUAAUACGGGAGUGACGAGUCUUGGCAUGAUGGGGUUAACGUCACUGCAACAAGAACAGGUCUUAGUUAAUGAUCACUUUGGUGAAGAGCCCCAGCGAAAAAGCAACAUUAACUCAAAUAAUGGUAUUCAACCGUCUGCCACUCCUGCUGUCGAAACAAAAGACAGUCAUGGUGAUGUAUCAUCUAAGUCCAAGAUUCCGUUCAGACAUUCCACUGGUACAUUUGUAAGUUCUGAUAUUGCUGCACAAACUAUAACUGACACAAAUGUCAUUGACCACGUGAUGACGUCUAUUGAUAAUAGUUAUGUAUCCAGUGACUACUCAACUGAUGUGGUAAUUGAAAUGGUCAUCAUAUCCAAUCAACAAGAGCCAGAUAUCCCAAAAGAGAUGUACUCCGUAUCAUCACCUGAUAUUUACAACGGAUCCCAACAGAGCACCCGGUCCAUAUCAUCCAUAAGCACGAAUAUUCGGCCAAGUGUAACUGUGAGUGAAAGUGCCUUGAUGUUUGAGGAUACCACAUAUCAUUCCGUGUUGGAGCAAGUCAGAACAUCACUUGAGUCAGAACUGCAGACAUCUUCAGAAGAACCUUCUCCAUCUCUCGAUCAUGACCAUCAGGCCACAGUCUUUAAACCUGUAGAAACUGAGAAUGACACAAGCUUCCCGAACGCAGCUGCUGCUUGGGAUGACAAACUGGUCACAACGUUUUACGAUGAAAGAUUACUGUCAUCGCCCAUUUACAUUGAAUCAUCCUUGUCAGGGAUAGAUGUGACAAAGUCCACAGCAAAUCAACUAGUAUAUAAAAGCAUGUCACAAAGCAGUUCUGAUCUAUUUGUCACGUUGGCUACAAAUGGACCUCAAAUGUCUUCUUAUACAGCUAGUGUCAGAUCAUCUUACGAGCCAUCAUUUUCAUCAUCACCAUCCAUCACAGAACUUGUCCAAGAAACACCACUGAUGACAUCAACAAAUGGAGUGACGUUGAAGCCAAUGACAUAUGGAUCCUCCAGUGUUCCAGACCCCAAGACUUAUCCAUUCUCUUUGGCAUCCAAAUACUCUGAUGUAACAUCGCCCUCCGACAUGAUUGAUGACUUCUCCUCAUUUUCAGCUGACAUGGAUGCUCUUGCAUCAUUACCAGGCACAGUUUCGAUGCCUAUCAGUGUUGGAUUUAGCUUGACGCUCGUUCCAUCUGAGUCUCGGAAAGAUUCAUUAUCUUCGUUGAUGCCAUCGGAUUAUGGAUUUGACACGUUAUUUGAAGCAUCUGGGAAUAAAGAAGAGAUUUUUGUGUCCCGUGCAGAAAGCACCUCAUCACCAAUCUCAUCUACAUAUGAGCCUUCUCCUCCUUUACUGAAUAUAACCAGUUUCCCACCAGCAAAUGAAAGUAGUGCAACGAGAACGAAUUUACCUUUUCCUUCCAAUGAAAGGAUGGACUCUAAUGGCGCGUCCUCAUUUCCUUCCAUGUUUGAAGACGUAUCUAGUGCUGACCUUUCAAAUUUUGAAAUAUCAACUCCCGUCUCUGAUUUAACCCCAACGUAUGAUGCAUCAAAUGAUGCAAUCUCAUCGCAUUCUACAGGUUUGAACAUAAAUCCAACAUCAGGUGCAUUUACGAAUGGCUGGAAUCCCAGAUCAGACGCUAUAGACUCAAAUUUAUAUGGAACGGAUACCAUACAUUUGACUGAAACAAUCCUGCCUUCAACUCACUUGAGAUUCUCUUCCAUUUUGUCUCCGGAAAGCAAGGUUUCACAGAUGGUAUCAAGCAAGUACAUUGACGCUGCUCCGUCAAAAGGAACAGUUUCAUUGCCUAGAGAAACAUCAUCAACAUUACGUGUAUUCUUUGAUGCCUCUAGCCCAAUUACAGCUCCAACUCCAGUUGAGACAGCAUUUUCUACAAAAGUCAGUGGUACAAAAGGUUUUAUUCAUAGUUCUGUAUCUCAAACCCCUGAUUUGAAAACCUCAGUGUCAGGUACGCCACGUUUACUACCACAAUCUACUUCAUCAUCUCCGAUAUUACCCCUUUCAUCAUAUAGAAUAUCAACUGCAGAUGUAUCAGAACCACCACCCACCAUGUUUUCGGGAGAUAUGGAUUCAUCUGAGCAUAUCAUAUCCUCUAAAUCGUUCACGAAUGUGCCAAUGACAAGCUCAGGUACAACGCCCACAGUCAAUGCAACGAAUGGUAGAUAUUCCCUUUUUCAAAGGUUCCCAUCAAUGACGUCUACAAUAUCCAGUUCACCAGUCAUGUAUGCCACACGUUCUUCUACAGAUAUCCUAUCUAUUGAAUCGUCAACAGUGUCGGUCUUAUCGUCAACUAUACCAGUUAUUUCUGCCUCAGGGUGGACAUUGUUGUCGGUAUCUUCUUCACAUUUGCCAAACACUAAGCGGUUUUCAUCUUUGUCAGUUCUGCCCCCGUCUAUUGAGGCGUCAUCAGCGUUAUCAACAAAGGCCUUGUCUACUGAGGAGAUAACAUCCUCUGAGAAACCAUCAUCAUUAGCUGCACUGCCACCCUCUACUGAGAAGACAAUGCCAAUGUCCAUAUCCAUGUCUUCUGAAGGGUUGUCGUCUUUAUCAACAAGGUCCCUGUCCGCUGACGGAUCACCAUCCUUAUCCACAAGGUCCCUGUCUACGGAAGGGUUAUCGUCUUUAUUUGCACGGUCACUGUCUACCGAAGGGUUUUCAUCUUUAUCUACAAGGACCCUGUAUACUGAAGGUUUAUCAUCUCUAUUUCCAAGGUCACUAUCAACUGAAGGGCUAUGGUCAUUAUCUACAAAGACUUCGCCAACCGAGGAAUCAUCACCUUCUUCAUUUCUCCUAUCAAGUGAAGGAUCUCUAUUUUCAUCCCCAAUCCCAUUUUCUACCAAAGUGUCGACAUCAUCUACAACAGUGCUCCUAUCUUCAACUCGACCACUUUUGUUUGAACAUUCUUCAUCAUCUGUGUACCCAACAAUGACAGUAUAUUCACACGAGCUGACACGAGUUGAUCCUUUUACAAGUUCACAGCCAUCAGUUCUUCCACCAGUUUUGACUAUUGUAUCUUCAUUGUCUUCAUCUCCAGGAAAACCUUUAGUUUCAACUACAACUCUUCCCUUUAACCCAUCAUUUUCAGCAGAAUCUUCGGCAUCAGCUACAAGAACAAUUCCAUUCAAUCAAUCAUCUUCCAGAAUAUCUCUGGUAUCUGCCACAACAACUGGACCAAUCAACCAAUUAUCUUCAGGACAUUCUUCAGCAUCAGCCACAAUAACUGGACCAAUCAACCAAUCAUCGUCCAGAGAAUAUUUGGCUUCUGCUACAACUCUUCCAAUCAACCCAUCAACAUCAGGAGAAUACUUGACUUCAGUCACAAUCAACCAUUCAUCUUCAGCAUCAUCCACAACUGUUCCAAUCAACCCAUCAACUUCAGGAGAAUACUUGGCUUCAGUCACAACAACUGUUCCAAUCAACCAAUCAUCUUCAGCUUCAUCCACAACUGUUCCAAUCAACCCAUCAACUUCAGGAGAAUACUUGGUUUCAGCCACAACAACUGUUCCAAUCAACCCAUCUUCGGGAAAACCUUCCGCUUCAACCACAACAACCCUUUCCACCAAGUCAUCCUCUCAAGAUAUAUCUUUAGCUCCCACCGCAGCUCUGCCUAUCAACCCCUCUACCAAAUCCCGUACACCAGCCACAGGACAGAUGUCCUCGAGUGUCCCCUUAUCGACAUCAGUACCUACACUGCAGCCUACCAUGUCGGCCAUGCCUACUUCAGUUCAGUCAGCAGGCCCUGAAUCUUCAACCAUCUCUACCGCUCAUCCUGACUCAUCUUCACCGCCUUCUACAUCAGUUCCUGCUUCAGACGGUCCUCCUGUAGAUACGUUGAUGCUGCUGGUCAUGAACAUAGGCCUGGAUGUCAACAUAACGAGCGCACAGUUUAGCCGCCAGCUUGAGAAAGAUCUGGCAGAGCUCUAUGCGACUGCUCUCAAACAGAGAAGAAGAAGAGAUAUUACACAGCGGCUGGCCCGACACAAACGUCAGAGUGGAGUUAACGCUCAGGUUGUUUCGAAUGAAAGGGAUCCGGGUGACGAUUUCAAGGUAACGACGACGUUUGCUGUGAGUGAUGGUGGCGACUUCGUGCCGGCUGACGUCGCUGUCCCCGUCUACAACAGGAUAUCCCAAGAACAGACCUCAUCCGCUCUCGCUCAUUCCGUGCUUGAACCAAUCACUGCUGCCCAGACUUCCAGUAAACCCCAACUUGAAGACAAGAAGGACAACAGCUACAUUUUGAUCCUGUGUAUCGUGAUACCCGCUGCACUACUGGUCCUCGCCAUCUUGUUCCUGGUUACCCGGAUGAGGCGAAGGAGAAGAGCUAACGCAGUUGGGGACCUCCCUCCCAGAUAUCAAAGAGGAGACACGCUUGAGGAUCACAAUCUGACGGUUGACGUCGAAAAGGGGGAGAUUGUGGACAAGACCCCUGCCAGCACUCCAUCCCUUAGCCCCCGGUCCAACUCCUCCACAGGCAAGAAGGUCCCACUGCUGGGUGGCGUCUGUGUGCUGCCCGGUGUGGGCGAUGGGGACGGACUGCGGAGGCAGGAUUCGGACAAGUACCGUGAACUCACCGAGACGGACUACCCCGAGCAGGUUCUCCUGGCCGACCAAGAGAAGGAUUCCCACAGGAGUCUCAUCCUCAGAGAGAAAGAACUCCUGGAGAAGCUGGGGGUUCAUGAAAAUCAGAAGGAAGUCGAUUCCUGUGAUGAACAAACCUUGGAACUACCACGGAGAACCAGAUCCAAGAAGGGAAAAGGGAAAGCUGCCUCCUCCCAGUAUAACACCGUGGGAAGUGAAUGCCCUCUUCUUCCUUCUUCUGGUUCUAUGACAACGGUCAGCUCCAUUGACAGUGGUGACCACACUGAUGCGUCUGACGAAUUCACAGUUAUUAUACCAAAGACAAAAUCUCCAAAGAUCGAAGCCAAAAUCCAGAAGGAAUCCACCUCCACUGACGUUUCGGCAUCAGAUGAUGCUGUUGCUUCUGUGCCUAUUGUGUCUGAAGCUCGGUUAACGUCUGUGGCAGUACAAAGGCUUCAGCAGCUGAACCGGUGA